GUUGUACUAGAGUUGCUUUCUAUUCAUUGUCCUCAAUGAUAUGCAUUCUCUCUUUCCGGUAGCCGAGUCAUUUCCGCUGCUCCGUGCUCUAGCAAGACGCCGCCGUGCUUUUUUGUAAAAUUGUCGCACUAUUGCAUUUUUUUUUACCUGCUUCCAGUGUGGCUAUUAAUGGUUUGUUGUCAUCCGUUGUCCCGGUCUUAGUUCUAUAUCUGGUAGUUAGGUAGGUAGGUACUUAGUUAUCUUCCUCCACUUCGUGAAAGACGGGCCAGGAAUAGCAUUCCUUUUUGGGUCGUAAACGGGAUUAGUAGAUACUGAAUGGAGUUUUCGCUUGAUUAGUACAAAGCUAACAGCUCACCGGAUGAUUAGGAUGUCACUCAGAGCUAGCAAGCAAGACUGAUGUUCGUUAUGGAGGUGUUAUCACGUGGUGUCAUGUCGGGAUGAUGGUGAGAUUCUUAGUAGUAGUAGUUGUAAGGUCUGUAAGCGGGGAUGCUUGGUACUCAUGACUUUUGUGGUAUCAGUUCGAUUAGUAGUAGUUUACUACUACUCUGAUCAUGAUGCUACCACUGGUGUCCGCUUGCUUUGUGGUGUGGGUGAUUGAAUAUGAUCAUGAUGUACUACUGGUAGAAUAUAUUUUAGGAGUCCUAACCACUGCGAUAGUAUCUUUGCAGUUAGUGUUACUGGUACUACUAGAUCCUAUCAGUGGUAAGCACUACUGUGUUGAAUAUAUAUACGAUCUAAAGCGAGAGAAACUCGUUGUAAAUUGAACAAUGUGCUAUCGCACCAGGUUUGGCUGCUGGAAACGAAUAUUAUCUUGCAAAGUAGCGGAGUUGGUGAAGGAUGUAACCUGUGUUAGAGUGAUCGGACGAUUAGGAAAAUGGUGGGGAUAGGUAAACUGAAGCGGGAUGAAGCCAAGAGGGGCAGAAUGGCAAUGACGCAGUUGCGCAAAACUCUUCGCCGACAUGGCUCGACGCUGGUUAAUCUCUUGAAGAGAUACAGCGAUUCCAAUACUUUAUCGAAUUUCUCCCUCACUUAUCGUGGGGUUCGCUGUAGGUUAUUCACUACGGAUUGCCUCGGUGUCUGGACGCACUCGAGAGGCACCAACUCUCCAGACCGACAGAACAGAAGUUCCCCGGGACAUGAAAAGAUGGCAACGAAGAAGCCAAGUUUGCCACCGGAUUUACUCCGUAGAGAUGAUAAUAAUUUCCUUAGUCGCUUCCCCUCAAUACAGUGUCUAAAUUGA